ACUCCAGAGGUCUGGCACAGUAGAGCCCUUUGCAGGGUUUCUGAAGCAGUUGCUUCAGUAAAGCUCUCAGAGUUCGCCUUUAUCCUUCAGAGAACUCAAGCUGUUCUUCAUAGUGCUUUGACCUGUCAUGGUAGUUAGCUUCAGAGGAGGAAUGCCGCGUGUCACUGCUGCAAUUUUUGCAAUGUGCAACCGUUAAUGGUUGCAAUCGCAGAACAGGACCAGGAGCAGUUGCUUUUUGCUGCUCAUUUUUUACUUGCUUGUUUUGGCUUUGCCAUGUUCCGCGUCCCACCGGAUCCCCGGAAGGCUUGACUUCAUGGCGAGACAACUGCGACUGCAUUUUGCUUCACGGAGAAGCAACACUGACCCACUGUCAGAGACUUGCACCGGUCGCUCCGAGGAAAGCGGGUUUACAAAUACCGGCCGUAGCUCUAGCGAGGGCCUGGUGCAGAGUUCCCUCCACAUGAAGGUGACUCCAGGACAGCUGGCUCUGGCUUUGCCACCCUUGUCACCAGAGUACGGUAAUUUACAGCGGCACUCCACCGUAUUUAUCCCUAAGGUGAACGGAAGCAAGAAAAGCAUGCUGCAGGUCUCCUUGCAGCCUUGCGGAGGAGAUGGAGAGCUUGCCAGCUGCGAGAGUGGAAGCGGAGAUGGAGGUUCAUGCAGCAGCAGCACCACGAGCGAUGCUGGCUACUGCAGCAGCAACAGCAUAUUCGAAGCAGACGUCCCAGAUCGCAAGCCAAUCUCUCGCAGGAAGGCGAGGGCACCAUUGCGCCGUUGCUCGUCCUUGGUGAUUUUCCCACGGAGCCCAUGCACCACGCCGCCGGCAUCCCCCGUCAGUCCGGUAGCAUCUCCCAUGAUUCCUCCGCUGCCUCCAUCUGCCCGAAGUUCCUUUCAGACCUCUCAUCAGAUGCAGCUGUCCAGCGUUGAUGCGUCGCAAGAUGAAACAUCCAAGGGAUCCGUCGCCACUGCAGUUAAUGGUCUGCGGCUUUCCAAAACCAGUACAUCAGCAGAACACAGGGACGCCAAACCCAUCGUGCAUUUCAGCGUGCCUCCGGAGCAACCGCCAGGACCAGAGCGAAUGGAAAGACACUCCAGCGUUUUAUUGCACUUCGCAAGCCAGCGACCGCUUCCCUCAGGGAAAGGAAGUUUGGCCAAAACAAAGGUUAACAUCGACUGUUCCAGACCUCUCGAGGGCCCACAAACCGACAACGUCCCGGAACCCCAGAAAGCCAGGCUUUUCCGGAGCACCUCUGCCUGCAUGCUGCCAAGCGGAAGGCCGUCGUCGACGGAAAGAAGACAUGACACUUUUCCGACAUCGGAUAAGUCCUCAAGAAAAGGGUCACAUCACAUCCUUCAUAGGAGUAUUUCUUUGGAGGUACCCUGCGUGAAUGCUGAGAUUUCUUGUCACGUUUCAAAUGCUGCAGACGUGCACUCCAGAAAUGGCCCUCAGCACGUACACAUCCACGUAUCUCACGGCACAAGUGCAAGAAAAUCAAACACCCUGCAGGACAACAGCAUAAACGGUGAAAUGGAUCAUGUUCCAACCUGCACGGAGAAAAAUGAUACCACGAGGGAUGACUUCCUCGGACAAGUGGACGUUCCUCUGCACCAGAUCCCCACAGAAAAUCCCAACAAUGAAAGGCCAUACACUUUCAAGGACUUCCUGUUGCACCCGAGAAGUCACAAGUCGAGGGUGAAAGGUCAUCUGCGUCUGAAGAUGACGUACCUGCCCAAAAACAGCGACACGGAGGAUGACCCAACCGAACAGAACGAGAAUCUGGAUCCUGGUUGGGAGUUUUUGGAGCCUCAUGAAUUAUGCAGUCCUCACCAUCCUCACCAGCUGCCUGCGCUGCCCCCUGGCUGGGAGGAGAGGCAGGACAACCUGGGACGGACCUACUACGUCAACCACGAGAGCAGGACCACCCAGUGGCACAGACCCACCAUCCAGGACACUCAAAGAGACAAUGAACAGAGACAAGAUACACACAGCGAGUCCCAGCGGGCGUUCCUCACACGCAGACAAAUAUCUGAACAUGACGAGAACCACGAGCGCAGAGAGUCACCUGAGAGCUGGGAGAUCAUAACGGCAGAUGAGACUACCCUUUAUAACAGCCACAGCGAGCGCUCGCCGCCGCCCCCCCACUCCCCGAUGGAGCUCACGGGAUUCUGUGAGGAGUUGAGCAGACUGCAGACCGGAAACGACAGACGCACGUCCCUCACGCCGCAGGGUCACGGCAGCCGCAGAGGAAGUGGACAGACCCUACCGGUGGAAGAGCAUCCUGUUCACCCCGUGUUAUUACCCACGUCUGGCGGGCUGCCUCCGGGAUGGGAGGAGAAGCAGGACAGUAAAGGGAGAAUUUAUUAUGUCAAUCACAACAGCAGGACGACGACCUGGACACGACCGCUCAUUCAGCUCAUACAGCCGCCCUCUGAGGCCGCAGCAGCAGCGGUGGCGGGUGGUGCCUUUAAUCCCACAGUCUACGCUCCGCCGCUGCUGUCCCCGGAUGUGUCCCCUCAGCACGCGCUCGCUCACUCGCCGGAGCACGCGGGCCUGAUGCCGGCCGGCUGGGAGGUGCGCAGCGCUCCGAAUGGACGGCCCUUCUUCAUAGACCACAACACUAAGACCACCACAUGGGAUGACCCCCGGCUGAAGGUUCCUGUGCACAUAAGGAGAAGAGUCUCCCUUGACCCCACUGACCUCGGCCCACUGCCGCCUGGUUGGGAGGAGCGAGUACAUAGUGAUGGCAGAAUCUUUUACAUCAAUCACAACACAAAAGCCACACAGUGGGAGGAUCCCAGACUACAGAGUUCAGCCAUCACUGGUCCAGCCGUGCCUUACUCCAGAGACUAUAAACAGAAAUAUGAUUACUUCCGCAAGAAACUCAAGAAGCCAGCUGACAUCCCGAACCGCUUCGAGCUGAAUGUGAGGCGUAACGCAGUUCUGGAGGACUCGUACCGGCGCAUCCUGUCCGUCAAACGCUCGGACCUGCUGAAGGCCCGCCUCUGGGUGGAGUUUGAGGGGGAGAAGGGGCUGGACUAUGGGGGCGUGGCCAGGGAAUGGUUCUUUCUGAUCUCCAAGGAAAUGUUCAACCCGUAUUAUGGGCUGUUUGAGUAUUCUGCCACGGAUAACUACACCCUACAGAUCAACCCCAACUCAGGUCUGUGCAACGAGGACCAUCUGUCCUACUUUAAGUUCAUCGGCCGGGUGGCUGGGAUGGCCGUUUAUCACGGGAAGCUGUUGGAUGCGUUCUUCAUCCGGCCCUUCUACAAGAUGAUGCUGCAGAAGCCAAUCACGUUACAGGAUAUGGAGUCAGUGGACAGCGAGUACUUCAACUCCCUGCGAUGGAUCUUGGAGAACGACCCCACAGAUCUGGACCUCAGGUUCACCAUCGACGAGGAGCUCUUUGGACAGAUGCACCAGCGUGAGCUGAAACCAGGAGGUGCUGAUAUUGUGAUCAAUGACCACAACAAAAAGGAGUAUAUUCAUCUGGUGAUGCAGUGGAGGUUUGUAGAUCGGAUCCAGAGACAGAUGACGGCCUUCAGGGAGGGUUUCUACGAGCUGAUUCCUCAGGACCUGAUCAAGAUCUUUGAUGAAAACGAGCUGGAGCUGCUGAUGUGUGGCUUAGGAGACGUGGACGUCAACGACUGGAGAGAAAACACCAAAUAUAAAAAUAGCUACAACCCAAAUCACCCCGUCAUCAUCUGGUUCUGGAAGACGGUGUUGCUGAUGGAUGCAGAGAAGCGAAUCCGUUUGCUGCAGUUUGUGACGGGAACGUCCCGCGUACCGAUGAACGGCUUCGCUGAGCUCUACGGAUCCAACGGGCCGCAGUUGUUCACGAUCGAACAGUGGGGCACGAGGGACAAACUGCCCCGAGCGCACACCUGCUUCAACCGGCUGGAUCUCCCUCCGUACGAGUCCUUCGAGGAGCUCCGCGAGAAGCUGCACAUGGCCAUCGAAAACGCUCAGGGCUUCGAUGGGGUGGAUUAGACUCCGGCUGCCACGGCAACAGCGUAACCAUGGCGACAGCAUCAGGACCACGCGUGCGAGCGGCUCUACGGCCAACACGCCGUCAUAAAAUCACAAAUCUGUAUGUUUCUGAUGUUUACAGAAGAAUGUUUUGUAAUGCACUCCUGCAUACAGUGUGUCUCUGCGUACAAGAUUUCAAAACAGCUAUAGAUUUGAUCAUAUCUAUGCAUUUGAGCAUAAUUGAGGAUUUCUAAUAUGAGCUUUUAAGUCACGGGUUAUGGAUGUGCAUUAUUUGGCUGAUGAGAUUUCCCAACAUGCACAAUGGCAGUCUGUACAAAUAAUGUUAAUUUUUUCAUUUGUUUUGAAUUUUAAAAAAAUUCAAAUGUAUCCAGGCAUCAUCGUUUGUACAGAUGUAACGCUCUAUUGCUCUUAAUCAUGACUUUUUCUCACUUUGACUUUGUUUACAUGUUUUUUGUUUACUUCUGAAAACAAUGACUAUUAAAUUUUUUUUUUUUUUAAGGUCGAAGCACUUU